AUGCCGUACAGUAAUCACUCUGGUGCACUCACUGCAAGUGACGAUCUCGCCCCCUCACUCUCACUUCACAACUUCACAACUUCAAGCUCGACAAACAACUUCAGGCCUGACGAAAACCUCGUCGACAAGAUGGAACUUCUAGCGCUUCCCGAUGAGAUUCUUCUCUUCAUCAUCAAAGAGACAAUCCCAGAACAAUUCGAGGACUUCGCCUUGUCAUGUAAAACCAUCUACAGGCUUGGCACCCAAUAUCUUUCACGUCACAAUGAAUUGCGGAAAGAAUAUAAAAAUUUCACUUCCACUUUGCGAAGACCUUGCACAUCGCCUUUCAAUUUACUGUUGGAGAUCGCGGACACGCCUACUAUCUCGAGAUAUAUUGUUUACGCAGAUUUCAGGGAGUACCAUCCCACCCACGUGCUUCGGAAGCAUGACCUCCUUUCGAGUUUAUUGAAACUCCUGGAAGAAUCUUCAUAUCUGAAAAGAAUUGGUGGAGAUCCCUUUGUGAUUCAUCAAGUAUUCCGCACAGGAAACUACCGCAAUGAACGUAAGUGAAAUCGUGGGUUAGGACGCUCCAAUCGAGUUACAUAUGUUUAUUUUCCCUCUUGGGACUUAUGGACAGUAAGACUUGAUAGUCUACCUAUCUGCGUGCCAAAUUUCUUCUCUAACAUUCCUCGAUUGAUUGCAAUCCAACUUUUGACCAAGUAGGCUGACAUCUGGACUACCCAGUCGCCAUAUUGAUUUUAUUGACAUUGCUACCUAACGUUAUUGAGUUGUCUCUUCCCCUUGAAUGGGGCACUAUUUUUCUUGCAAAAGGUCUACCUAUUAACCAAGCCGCGCUAUUAAACUACAUUGUUCAUAAGGCCAACAAUCCGCGAAACUCCUCCUCAAGUCUCUCGAAGCUUACAACCAUUCUCCCCUCGGGCGCGCCAAAUAGGUUGCAAACGUCUAUGAUGAUCACCACCCUCUACCCAUUUAUCUCAAUAAAAUCUAUGCAGAAUUUCUAUGCUGGAAGUUCUGUAGCGAUACAAGGCUUUCUUGGAGAUCACGAUACUAGCGGAGUGGAGAACGCGGACACUUUCGGAAGGUCACUUGAGCUUGUUGAGUCGCACAAUUCGCCCAUGAUGGUGGCCGAUCUUGAAAUAUUUCUCUCCAGGUUACCACGAUUGCGAAGUCUGAAACUGAUCCAUAUAUAUUUCGCUGGCUUCAGAGACUCGGCUGCCAUCAUGGGAGUUGUCGAAAAAUCGACCUUUGAAACCCUGGAAACGCUGACAUUCAUGAUGUGCCCUACUUCCGUGGCUGUUACAUCCAUGAAAAGGUUCAAGAGAUUGAGAAAAUUGGAAAUUAACAUCAACGUUCUGCUUGGUCUAUUACAUGUGAGUGGAUGUGAACGCAGAUUGCACCAUUGUCAUGACAUCUCUCAUCUCGGCGAUCUUCUCCCUUCAUCAAUUGAGACCUUUACUCUUUUGGUGGACGACCUGACCGAACGGUCGAAUGAUUUGGAAAUUCUAUUUGAGAACGUUGCCGCAGAAAGAAGCCAAAAACUCCCGAAUCUCAAAGAAAUCUCUAUUCGUAGCGGACUGCCUGAGUUACUUGAAAGGUCCAUCUUAUCGCCAAACUUCAGUCGCGAUCAUCCCAACACUUCACCACGAAGCGACUACUCUGAUAUUGAGUUGAUUAUUCAUUCUGAGCCAUUGAUAUAUGAGGGCGGCUUGUAUCAUGAGGGGAUGGCUGCAUGGAUGGGGAGUCUGCAGGAAUUUGGGACGUCUGUGAAGGUCAAUACGGAAGUCGUUCUUGAGAGAGGUGCUCAGAAAGUAUUCAUGGACGACUCCGAAGACGUUGUAAUGACAGAAGAUGGAUCAAUGAUUCUUCGGAGUUGA